GGAAGACUCUUGCAAAAUACAGCAGAAGAAGACCCGGAAGCCCUAGCAGCAGGGUAUUUGAGGCUGUGCUAUGGGUCUGCCUUAAUCUUGCUGAUCUUCUCUGACGAUAGGCUCCCCUUAGCCACCUUUUGACAUGCAAGGCUUUUACUCCAAGCUCAACUCGUCCCCCUCCUCGUCUCCCCUGCUGGGGGUGGGCCUCAGGGCGGACGGCGCUCGGGUGCCUCUGAGCUUGGCCGUGGAGGCGGAGAAGGCCCAGGCGCUCCUGCAGACUUUCAGCUCCGCCUCUCUGUUGGCUUCGGCCGGACUCGGGGUGUUCUGUGUGGUGGCGGAUCACGCGCUCCAGCUGUCUGCCAUACAGCAGCACCUGUGGCUGCGUGCUGCCUUGGACAACGCCACACACGGAUUGGUGGGGCUGUGGUCAUGGGCUGUUGUGAUUGGACUGAGGAAAAAGAGUGAUUUAUAUGAAGUGCUGCUGGCGGGCCUUCUGGCAUCCAUUAUAGACUUGGACCAUUUCUACAUGGCUGGAUCUCUGUCUCUCAAGGCUGCCGUGUCGCUGCCCCAGCGGCCUCCUCUCCACUGCUCCUCCCUUAUCCCCGUAAUCUGCCUCACCCUCCGCUUCCUGAUGUGGCUUGGCCGCCUCAAAGACGCUUGGUGCUCCUUGCCAUGGAUGCUCUUCAUUUCCAUGACGUCUCACCACGUGCGGGACGCCGUGCGCCAUGGCCUGUGGGUGUGCCCGUUCGGCAACACGGCACCCGUCCCCUACUGGCUGUACGUCAGCACCACGGCGACACUUCCGCACCUGUGCUCCGUGCUCAUGUACCUGACGGGAACCAGGGACGUGAUCUCGACCAAACAUGGCGUUGCGAUUGACGUGUAGAUGUGUCAGUUAUCCCUGGAGGAAAACAUUGUCGACAGUUUGAAACAUUCAAAUACUUGAAGUGACUGAAGAAAAAUUUCCAACACUUGAAAGAUUGAGAUGUUUUUUUUUGUUUGUUUGUUUUGUGUUUUAUUUAUUUGAGAACAGUUUUGCAAAAGCAAACAACUAUAUCUAUAGUUCCAGUCAGACCUGUACAGAGACACACAAGCAUUGGGUUAGCCUGAUGAUUCAGUCUGCUCCUUUAAUAAUAAUAAUAAAAAAGAACAGAACUGGAUGCAGAAGUUUAAAUUUGUUCUUGAUUAUUAUUAUUUUCUUUAAUCCACACAGGAUCAUAAAUACAAUCUCUACAUAUGUUCACCUCUUUGUGGUAUCAACCAGGUUCUGGCUGGAUUUUGACUUCUCUUCUUUUCAAGAGCGGUAAUUGAAAUACUUUUGCUUGAUGUCACGGACCCACCUUUUACGCAUGGCUAAAAUGUUUUAAUAUUGUUUAGAUCAGGGCCAAAACCAGUUUGAAUUUCUGCUGGAGAUUAUCGUCCUCAUAAACACCCCACAUUUGUCCAAGUUUUAUGGCUGGAGUUUAACUUAGAAAUUGCCUUCCUGUGCAAUUCUGCUUGAUUCUAAUGUCACUUCAGUGAUCUGCCUGGGUUUUCUCCCAUUCACUUGGAUUUCUCUGGUAGACUUCAACUGUGCCAAUCAGCAAACAGAAGGAAAAGCUGUGAAUGAUGAAGCCAAUUUAGAAAUUAUAAUAUGUCUGUAGUUUUAGACAUAACUACAUUGGCAGCGGAGGCAUUGAACAAAGCCAUUCAGUCCAUGUUGCCAACGCUUCCUCAACUCGGCACUUCUGUCUUUGCAGUCGAGGAUGGAUGAUUUCAGCGCAGGCCGUUUCCUGUACGCUUCAUUGCGUCGAAUACUCACAUUACAUAUGUCAUGGCCAAACGUUAGCGAUUGGGUACAAUUUAAAAUCUCAACGGAGUCCAUACCUGCAGAAAGCAAUCAUUUCUCAGUAACCGAGGGUCCAGACCAUCUUUAUGAAACAAGAUGUAAAACAAAGGGCUGGUCUUUACCAGGCCAGGAAUUUGAAGGAUGCUGUCUUGGUCUCCAUUCUCUAUGAUGAUGUAAACCUUGCUUCAUUGUGGACAGUGACACUGGUCCACCACUUUUCAGUUGGUAAAACAUUGAGCAUUGUUCCUAAACAUUCUAAUAUUUUAUCUCAAGAUGACAAUUUGGGUCAGAUGGUUGAAACUUUGACUCAGGUAUCCCAAACAUACAUCAAAACUACUUUUGGAAGACCAACAUUUGGCUUCUGGAAUGGCUCAGACCAUAAUCCUGUUGAAAGGCAACCAGUUUAUAAAGGCACAAAUUCCUGCAAAAACGUUCUAGAUUUUGAUAUUAAUAGACGUGACAAAUAUUUUGGGGAGAGUAUGUAUACAUUUGAGCUUGUAAGUAAAGCUUUAGUCCUGUGGAUUCAAGGAAAUACAAAAUUCUUUAAGUUGCUACAGUUCUGUUGGAUGGUAAUUUCACCUUAUGAAAUAAACAGUUCAAAUACAAAACAAAAUUUUGAAUAUUUAUGCUUAUGAGUUGAAGUACAUCUCUGACCAGAACUGUAUUGUACUUUGAGUAAAGGAACAUUCCAAAAUGGGUGCCAAUCUUGGAUUAUUAUGAAAUGUCUCUUUGUGGAUACUUGUAUUUAAAUCUUUAUCUGCAAAGUAAUUUUCUCUGAAGUGACUCUUUCCAGUGACUGUUAUAUACCAGCUCCGACACGUGUAAGAAAUUUCCAGAAUACAUUUCCACAACACCUGGGCUUUGAGAUUCUCACAGUAUGGCAGAGAAAAAUGUAUAAAAUAAGUUUUAAUUUUCAAUGGAAGUUGGAAAAUAAUAUUUUUUUCAGUCUGGUGACUGCUUUGUCAUUCUUUGCUGCCCUCUACAGGAGUCACUGGUCACUGCAGCACAUUCCCUUUCAUCUGAUCAGGGCGUUUAGCCAUAUGGAUUGUAUGAUCAGUAAUUUUUGUGGUUGUAUAGGCGGGACUUUGUGAAAACCUUAGUUUAUGUUGAAACUGGUAACCGACCCAUGCCUGAUCUGGACCAAUCAGUGAAGAAUUUUACAAUUCAGCCUCAACAACUCAAGGAAAAGCCAACCAAAGCUCGACCACAGGCUGUUAUGAAACUCACAUACAAUGUGUCAUCAUUUUUCCGAUGGAGAUAGUUUAGCUUUCAAAGCACAUGUAUAGAUUUUGAAGAUUUUCUGUCUGACUUCAACCAGUGACAUCCAUUUUAAUCACCACGACACAAAAUUGCCUAUAAUAUUAUGUAACUGUUACAGUAUAAUUGUCCCUUCACCUUCAGCUGACUCUUCAUUGUUAUGCUUGGAGAAGCCAUUCUAUCUAACCAGCAGUAACUUGCUACUGUCUGAGCCUUUUGUCUUUUUGGCUUUCAGUGUCAUCUCCUUCAGACACGGACUGUUUCACUCUUCUGAUUGUUUACUUCCAUCGUUUAAGCAUUUGGUUAUUUUGCCAAUCACAAAUCUGAAAUAUGCUGGAUUUUUAUUUUACUUUUUGAGUAGGGUGUUCAUAACAUUGCCACAUGUUUUGUUGGUAUGAAGAAACAUUCACAUUACUAUCAACAAAAAACAGUUAAAAAAUGAAAAGAAAAAAAAAACAUUUACAGGUAGUCUAGUGAAAUAGGUGUACAGUGAAAACACACAUUCCUAAGCAGUAUUAUUAACACUAGAAUUUUGCAUAACAUAGUGAUGAGCUUGAGGGGUGUAUUGUUUGAUUGUAAGGUAUCAUGGGUAUGAUGUAUUUCUCUCCUGCUGUGUGUAUUGUAAAUGUAAACAUUUUAAGCAAGGUGAGUUUUUUUUUUUUUUUGUUGGCUUUUUUUGCCUUUUUUUGGAUUGAGAAAGCGGAUGUAUUAAUGCCUCUUGUCCACUAGAGGGCUCCUGGAGUUUACGUAUUACUGUACUGCUAAAAGUUUCUUUUCAAGCAUUAAGUUUCUAAAAUAAUACAAAAACGAUUGAGGGCAAGUUAGAUUAAAUUUUCACAGCUUAUUUUAUAUAUUUAUUUAAAAAAUCAUCUUUUUAUUGCAUGAGAGUAUCUGAUUUGUAUCUGUCUCGUUUUGUUGGUGGCAUCAUUAAUAUUUGAUUGACAGACAUCCUUCAUAUUUGUUGAGGUACUCUGAACAUUAGUAGAGAAUAACAGUUGCUUAACACUGGAACUUUACCUUAAAGCUAAAGAAAGAUGUGAGCACUGCAAGUGUUUUUGUCACACACCUCUGCACCGGUGUAUGUGAAACGUUUGUGUUUGUGGUAUGAGUUUAUUUGCCAUGCUAUUUAAAAUGCAUUUUUUCCAGUAAAAAUAUUUUACUGCUGCUUAUUUUCUGUUUUAUCUUUGACUGAUUUUGAUGUGUUGAAUAUUUGCACUUUAAGUAUUUAAAAUGUGAAAUAUACUUAAUUUUUGUUUGAGUGCUUUUGUAAAGAAGGGGUCUUUAGUAUGAAGAACAAAUGCAGAGUACCUAGUUAAUUCUAGUGUUGUUCUUUUAUCUCAAUAAAAGAUAUCCUAUA